AUGUGCUUCGCCAAAACAAUCUACACAUGCCAGCACCAGGAACGAAAACGCGUAACCUGCCGCAAGACAUGGCGCCAGCGAGCGGGCUGGUGCUUCCGUCCGGUCCUCCUCUUCUUCUUUGGCGACGCCCCGGAAGAGCCCUGCAGCGAGCUCCGCGUCAACAACACCGUCUGGCCCAACGUGGUCUGCCCAGAGUGCCGUACCGCCGAGGAGACCGGGAUCGCCACCAAGGGCAUGGUCACUAGUACGACCACGACGAACAAGUAUCGCGAGAAGCUCACGCCCGCGGCGCUGGCGGCCUCGCGGCGGCGUAAGGAGGAACAGGAUAAAAAGGAGGAAAAGAUGCGGACGAAUUACUGGUCGAUCCAGGAGGACUACCAGGAGGGGCUGAGGAAGCGGGAAAUGGAAGAGGCUGCUCGACUUCAGGGCGGCGGCGGUGAUGCUGUGGUUGCUGGCGGGAGCGAAGAUUACGCUGAUAGGCCUCUGCCCGCUCUUCCUGCCUUUCCUGCUGCUUCGGUUGGGGACACUCGCGGGGAUCCGGGGUAUCAGGAUCCACGGCUCCGUUCCAAGAAUAUGUUUCCUCCGCCUCCGCCUCCACCUCCUCCUCCACCGGUGCCCGAAAAUAAGAAGACCACCAGAAAGAAGCGCAGGAGAAUGGAACCUCCCGUCAUACCCGGAAGACAGCAAAAGCGACGAUGCUCAGAAGACAAAUGGAGACGACACCCACAAGAAAAAAAGAGACGACGGGUGGAGGAGCGAACAGGACGAAACUCAUACGACCAAACGAGCCAAAGUUCAGAAGAGGGCGCAUAUGAACGACCAACAAAGGAGAACCACUACGGCAGAGGCACCGCCUCGGCUAGACAAGCCGCUGACGAGGCCAUCAGGAUCAUGAAGGCAGCCGAUGGGCCAUCACCGGCCAGACAACCCAUCGCCGUGAGACGGGGCAGGGAGAUGAAGCAACUGGCUAACAGCUACCGAGAGGAGCGAGCCGCGCCGUGGCCCGAGGAGCCGAGUAUUCAACGACGUCCCACGCCCCCGCCUUCGCCGGAGCCGGAGAAGGCGUCAAAGAAGAGUGGCAAGCGCAAGGGCGGUUGGAACCCGUUUGGUAACAAGGAUCGCCGAGACGAUGUGACCCAUUAG